AUGGAGCGCAUGAAGGAAGAUCAAGAUCAGAUCUAUUAUCACUCUGGUGCAGAUCUCGAAUCCGUCAAGGAUAGUCCAUUCCUCGAGAAACUGAUCAAAAAAGGGUAUGAGGUUCUCUAUUUGACACAGGCCAUUGACGAGAACAUGAUCACCCAGUUGCUUGACUACGAAGGCACGAAGUUCAUGUCAAUUUCGAAAGACAACUUCAAAUUUGGUGAGAAAGAUCAAAAAGAAGAGAAGGAGAAGAACAAGGCUCUGAAGAAAAUGUACAAGCCGCUGACGAAAUUCCUGAAAAAGAAGUUGGGAGACAAGGUCUCCAAGGUGAGACUAUCAAACCGGCUCAGUGAUACAGUGUGUGUGUUGGCAUCGGACCAGUACGGUUAUUCGGCGAGAAUGGAAAUAAUUAUGAGAGCGCAAGCAUUCGCGGACCCCGACAGUUUCGGAUACAUGACGCCAAAGAGUAAGAUUAUGGAGCUUAAUGCACACCACCCGAUCACAAAAGAGAUGCUUCGCCUUGUAGAAAGCGGAGAGGACGAUGAAAGGGCAGCCGAGCUUGGGCAUCUUGUGUACGACACUGCGCUAGUUGCAUCCGGAUAUGUAAUGCGGGACAGUGACUACAAGAGCUACGCAGACAGAAUGUACAAGUGGAUUGGUGAGAGUGUUGGCGUGGAUCCGAGUGCGCCUAUAGUGGAAGAGUACCCCGAGGAGGAGAAGGCUGACUCAGAGGAGGAGAAGUCUGAUGGUGACGCAAAUUUGAAGGAGGCAUCUAGUAGUAGCGCAGACCCUGCUUCUGAAGACCACAGUGAGGAUUCUUCUGAGGACCAUGAUGAGUUGUUGUACCGUAGUCGAACAAGAGUGGAGGAUGAGGUAUUUAUGGCUACGGUUUCCGUCUUUUAA